UGCAGAGAGCGGUUGUGCUGAACUCAACAGAGAAACGCAGCUGAAGCGCAACAGUUGUUCAGAGUUAUAAGCGCUCACAGGGAGUAGCAGCACGUCUGGAAGUCACUGCGAUGGAAAGUUGUGCAAAGAGCUGAUUCUGAGAAAUCUUUACCACAUCAGACUCAAUGAUGCAUCGGAGGAAGUACAUUUUUAACCUGGAAAACUGCAAUCGGACGGAAUAAAGCGCAGCAGUCUGUCCAGGACGUGAACUAAAGCGGACAAAGGUGAUUAAACGAUCUGCUUUAGGGACAUCUGGAGAUCUCCUCAGCGGAUUCCUGAGGAUUGGAUGCGCUUAGGAAAAGUUUCUGCGCAAUUAUGGGCUGUAAUAAGGUGUGCGUGGCGCUGGUCGGGGCGGUUGUCGUCAUCACGCUCAUCGCAAUUCCCACGGCAAUUUACGUCAACAGAGAUGAUUCUGCAUUAAAGCGAACGUAUUCUUUUGAUGAUUUUUACAAUGACACUAUCAGGUAUAAAACAUACAACCUCCGCUGGAUAUCAGACAACGAAUACCUCCACAAAACCAACGAAGGUCAUAUUUACUUGCAUAACGCGGAAACAAAGGAAAGCUCAGUGUACCUGAGCAACUCAACUUUUGCCCAAGUGGAUGCCACAGACUACAUAUUAUCAGCAGACAGAAAAUUUGCUGCCUUCGAGAGCAAUUACUCAAAGCAAUGGCGACACUCAUUCACCGCCUCCUACAGCAUUUACAACGUGGAGUCUGGGGAAUUUCUCUCCAAGGUUCAGAUUCCACAUGUGACACAGCUUUUAACCUGGGCACCAGUAGGAAAUAAACUGGCUUACGUAUGGAAUUUUAAUAUUUACCUCAAAGCAAGCGCCACUGCCGAGGCCGUACAAGUCACACGUAAUGGAAAAGCCAAUGAAAUUCUCAAUGGAGUCCCAGACUGGGUGUAUGAAGAGGAAGUGUUUGCCUCCAAUGAAGCCAUCUGGUGGUCUCCGCAGGGCAAAUAUCUGGCUUACCUACAAGUUAAUGACACUGGAGUUCACAGCAUUGAAUAUUCAUUGUAUGGAAAUGACCAGUACCCAGUCACAGUAUUCGUCCCCUACCCAAAAGCAGGAUCUGUUAUUCCCAGAGCAAGGCUGUUUGUUAUUGAUGCCGAAAAUCCAUCCAAACAAUCAGAAGUCGUGGUACCGAAAUCAGUGGGGUCAGGUGAUCACUAUCUGAGCACAGUUACAUGGGUCACAGAUGAUCGGCUGGCAGUCCAAUGGAUGCCUCGCAGACAGGACAGUGUACUACUGCAGAUCUAUGACUACGACGGCACAAAGUGGAAAGAAAGCACGAAAUUUGAGCAGAAGAGCAAAACUGGAUGGGUUGGACGGUAUUUUCCUUCAGCUCCUUACUUUGCAGCAAAUAACAUGAGUUUUUACAAAGUUAUGAGCAAUGACAAUGGUUAUAAACAUCUACACUAUGUAAAUGCGGGGAAAGCAACACCCAUCACCUCUGGCAAAUGGGAAGUAAUAUACAUCUCGAAAGUUACCAAAGAUUCCAUAUAUUAUGUGAGUAAUGAACACAUGGGUAGACCUGGACAGAGAAACCUUUACAAGAUUUCUAUCAGCAAGAGUGGACACUCUGCACCCGAGUGCCUGACCUGUGCGCUGUAUCAGGACAGGUGUCAGUAUAACUCUGCUUACUUCAGCCUGAACGCCUCGUACUUCCGGAUGGACUGCUACGGACCAGGACUUCCGCUGUUUACAAUGAUGGACAACCGAGGGCCGGCUAAAGAGACUCAGGUGCUUGAGGACAAUAAGAAACUGGAAAACAUUCUGACUACUGAGCUUCUGAUGCCAACCAAGAAACGCGGCACUCUGAAGAUCGCAGGAUUCGAUCUCUGGUAUCAGAUGAUGUUCCCACCCAACUUUGACUCCUCCAAAAAGUACCCUCUUUUAAUUGAUGUGUAUGGCGGUCCAGCCAGCCAGAACAUAGACUACGUGUUUCGCUUGGAGUGGGCGACGUACCUGUGCAGCACAGAGAGGAUCAUCGUGGCCAGUUUCGACGGCAGGGGAAGUGGUUUCCAGGGGGAUGAAAUAAUGCACGCCAUCUACGAGCGGCUGGGGACGUACGAGGUGGAAGAUCAGAUCACGGCCGUGAGAAAGUUCAUUGAAAUGGGUUUCAUUGACAAGGACAGAAUUGCGAUGUGGGGUUGGUCCUAUGGCGGUUAUGUGACGUCUAUGGCUCUGGGAUCAGGAAGUGGGCUUUUCAAAUGUGGAAUUGCUGUGGCUCCUGUUGCAAAGUGGGAAUAUUAUGAUGCCGUAUACACAGAAAGAUACAUGCAUCGCCCUCAAGACAACUUUGAAAGUUAUAAAAAUUCGACAGUGACCGACAGGGCAAAAAAUUUCAAGUCUGUGCAAUACUUGCUGGUGCAUGGCACUGCAGACGACAACGUCCACUUCCAGCAGGCAGCGCAAAUUUCCAAAGCUCUGGUUGAAAAUCAAGUCGACUUUGAAGCAAUGUGGUACACCGAUAAGGAUCACUCACUAUCUGGUAAAGCGCGAUACCAUCUCUACACACACUUGAACCAUUUUCUGAAGAACUGCUUUGCUGAGAAAAAAUGAAUGGACAUAUUGAUGCUUCAUGAAGACAAUUGUUCCAGUUGCAAAAACACUGUUGCUUUGCUUUACAUGUUAGUCUGUAUAUAGAACAUGUUGAUGAGAACAAACUCUUUUGUCAGAGUCAUUGACAUUUUAUAUUGUUGUUUUUAUUGUUGCAUAUAUGUGACAUUAGAUGUCUUUUUUAUUGAAUUGCUGUGAUGAUUACUUUAUGAAUGUGACCUGAUAAGAAUGCAGUUGUCAUCACAGACUUUGGGACUUUGUUAUGACGUUACAUUUACAGAUUGACUGUGGGAUUGGCGUUUUAUGCAGGCGGUUGUGUUUAUGCACUGACUUCAGCAUAUCUGUAAAAAAUAUAUAAUAUUCAGGAUUUUAAUGCCAUGGAUUUUUAAUUGUUUACCUAAAAAGGAAAUCAGCUUGAAAUUGGACAUUUAAUUAGCUUUUUUUCAUAUUUUAGAUAUUACUUUAAGGGGUGUAACAAUAUAUUGUCACCAUAUAUGCCAAUACAAAAAUAAAACUAUGUAUAAUGUAAUGUACAGUUCAUGCAAAAUGAGAGUUACUGUAAUUGAGUAUGAAAUAUGGUGAUUUAUCAAAAACGAAGGUCACAUUUUAACUUUCAUGUGUAUUAA